AUGGCUGAAUGGUGGUACAACACCACUUACCACACCUCACUGAAGAUCUUCCCUUUCCAGGCUCUCUAUGGCUAUCCUCCUCGACAAAUUAGUGAGCUAUCUCUACCUUGCAGCAUUUCUGAAGAAGCCAGGGUAACCAUAGUUCAGAAGGAAGAUAUGUCAAGGAAACUCAAGCAAAACCUGUCAUAUGCACAAGAAAGAAUGAAAUACUUUGCUGAUAGAAAGAGAUAUGAGAGGACUUUUGAGGUAGGUGACCAAGUAUAUCUCAAGAUGCAGCCUUACAGGCAGAAUGCCUUUGGAUUGAGGGGGUCUCUCAAACUCAGAUCCAAGUAUUAUGGGCCUAUCAGGAUAUUGGAAAAAGUUGGCAGGGUGGCUUAUAGGCUAUUAGUACCAGAUGAAGCAGAAAUCUAUCAUGUAUUUCAUGUAAGCCAACUCAAGAAAUAUUGUGGAGGACAUGUUGUUCCAUUACCAGGGCUUCCAUUAGUGAAUCAGCAUGACAACAUCAAGACUGAACUAGAAUAG